CUCUUCAGCUCACGAGUGCGGAUCGCAGAAAACCGGGAGUUUGCGUAGCCUGUUAGGCUAUUUGCAUAUUCCAUUAAUUAAUUAUUAGUGGGGUGAAAGUGACGAUGGCUCACACGUUGCCAGUGGUCACCGAAUCCGCUCGUUAAACCCAGGUGUGGUUGCGCCCCUUUUUGUGUUCGAUGCGCGUGCAACGUCUGGCGGCUUUCGUCGCACCAGGGCCGCAGUGAUACAACGACGACGAAGAAGAAGGACAUGUUCUUCCCAACUCGCUCGUCGCGAGACAACAUGUGGCAUGAGGCUAGGAAGCAGGAGCGCAAGAUACGCGGCAUGCUGGUCGACCUCAAGAAGCGGGCCGAGCGCCGGAAGGAGUUCUACGAGCGGAUCAAGCAAGACCCAGCCCAGUUUCUUCAACUUCAUGGGCGACGUUGCAAGAUCCACAUCGACCUGGCAAUCGCACAGGCGGCUGAUAGCCCGGCCACUAUGAUGCCUUGGCAGGGGAACAGGGAUGUCAUGAUUGACCGAUUCGACGUCCGAGCCCACCUGGACACGAUACCAGAGUUCAAGGCCUCCGAUGAAGGCCCAGAGCUGACCGAAGAGCAGAAGGAAGAGGAGAGGCAAAUCAACUACGAGCGCUACCGCACACUCGUUCAGAACGAUUUUCUUGGAGUGUCAGAGGACAAGUUCUUGCAUCAGAUCUUCUUGGAGGAACGCUAUGGCCCUGUCGGGAAGCCUGUUGGCACCACGGAGGAGGAAAAGAAAAAGCUUGCCGAGAAGAAGGCUGCGAUUGGCUACACAUAUGAGGACAGCACCCCUGUUCCUUCGACGUCGGCCAAUCAUAAUGAGGAGCCGGAAGAGGAGGAAGAUAAAGAGGACCUCAGUGAUAUCGAUCUCGAUGUCACUGUCGACGUGAACGAACUCACCAUCGAGCAAGCGCGAGAGAUGAACGACCACUCGCACGCCUACGGCAUGGAGUCUACGGAUUUCAUCUCGUACCUCCACCUGGACAAGGAGGAGCAGGAAAGGCUGAAACAGGCGAGAGAGCUCGAAGAGGAGAAAGCCAUGUACUCGGGGCGAAAGUCUCGCCGAGAGAGGCGGGCGCUGCGCGAGAAGAAACUCAAGAACCGUAAGGUCACCAGUCCACCAAGCUAUGCAGCCAGAGCCAGCCCGACAUACAAGCCGUUCAGAGCACAGUCAAGUUCACGGUCGCGGUCUAGAUCCCCCCAGAACAUGGGUCAGAUCACCUUCAUCACAAGUUUUGGCGGCGACGGGUCCGACGAAGACGACAGCACCGCCAAGAAGGGCCAGGCCAAAGCCGGCGGUUCUUCGGUGUCUGGCGCUGGUGGAGCAGCUUCGUCGUCGGGAAGCAGGGCGGCUGUGUCGUCCUCCAGAGGCGACGGCGGUCGUGGAAGCAGCGGGUUAUCCAAACGAAGGUCACGAGACCGUUCAAGGUCGAGAGAUCGACGUGGUGGCUCGUCUCACGGUUCUGGCCGCGGGAGGAGAUCGUCCCGAAGGCGUUCCUCAAGUUCGAGGUCAUCAUCUGGUGGCAGGGUUCGUCGUAGAAGCCGCAGCCGAGGUCGUGCGUCGUACCGUCCCAGGCGGGGUUCCAGGCGACGGUCGCGGUCACCACGACCGAGCUCGCCGCGCCACCGGGGUCGUUGGACUUCGUCACGUAGCCGGUCAAGGUCGCGGUCCAGGCACUGGGGUCGUGGCCGGAAACGUUCCAGCUCAUCUCCGAGGUCGCCCAAGGGUCACGACCGGGAGCAGAGGUCGCGCUCGCAAUCUUCGCCGCCGCCGGCCCCACGCAAGUUGCCCAGCCCGCCCCGGAAGUCCUACUAUCGUCACAGCCUGUCACGGUCGCGGUCCAAGUCGCUGACCAGCAGCGACGACGAGGAUAAGAAAAAGAACCGCUCGCGCAGCAACAGCAGCAGCAGCAGCGAAGGGUCCCGGGGUCAGCAGGGAGGCGCGGCGGGUGCCAGCAACGGUACUCGUCGCAACUGGCCGUCGGCGGACGCGGUGAGACCCAACGUCUCUGUGGGUAAACCAGGUCCCGCCUCCAAAACACCUGCAGGUGCCGGUUCGGCGGCUGGAGGUGGAGCGGGUGGUCUCACGUUGAGGGAGAAGCUCAAGCGGAAGAUGCAGGCUGCCCUCAACAAGCAGUACAAGGCCGACAAGCGGGCUGAACGGGAAAAGCAGGACAAAAUUCAGCAGGAACGCUGGGAUCGGGCCGAGGAGCUGCGGGGAAUGGCCCUCCGUCUGCGCCAGAGGGAACGCGAGAAGAGGCACAAAGAAAGGGACGACUACGACUACGAUCCGGAUGGAAGCCGGGACGGCCAUGAUGGCUAUUCCAGUCGCUCUGGUAGCCGCUCGCGAAGCCCAAGCCGCAGUCCUGAGCCCCGGCCCCCGGGCGACUCUUCAUAUGCGCCCCCUAUCGAGUACUCCAGAAAUCCGACGUACUACUCUCGACGAAGGAGUCGAUCAAGGUCACGAUCUCCACCGCAAGACUGCCACCGGUCGCGACAACCACCAUCGUCGUCUUCGUCGUGGUCGUCGGCCAAGGCGUUGGUGGACUACUGAUGCUUUUUCGAAAGGCGCCAAACUGGUUUUGGUAAAGGCUGGGGCACCUAGCCUUCCGAAGCCUAGAAGACACGGAUAAAGAUGCACUUCGUGAAGUGUGCGAUGAACUUCGUAAAGGGACCGAUGAGCUUCGUGAAGUGCGCAACGAACUUUGUGAGGUGACCGAGUGACCUUAGCGCUGUCGGGAGGGGGUUGGCCACACCUGGCAUCAUCAAUUAUGUAAAGAAAGAAGUGGUUUGUAUGGAGGCGUGGUGCAAGUCAGCCGCGCUGCUGCACACUUGAGAACUCUUGGGCUCAUGAGUGCUUCAUAUGCCUUUUUCUUUUCUUUUUUUUUUUCUUGUUGCCCAUGUUCUCUUGCCUGUUCCGUUGUCAUGCUAUCGCACAAAGCCUUUGGGGUAAUUACCCGCAGCCAAUUAGUUUAGAAUAAGCAGCGGCUCCAGUAUACAGAAAAUGCAACGACAGAAUAAUGGGGACAUUAAUCUGUUUCACCAGCUCUAAUUGCCAGUUCGUUGUUGGCAAUUUGCAGAGGACGGUAAUGUUUUUUUUUCCAGCUUUUCUUUCAGCUGCUGAUAAUGCCUCUGGCGUAGCCAGGUGUAGUUAACAGUUUUGUACGUGCUUUUGCCUCGAUUUAAUGACUGGCCGCCAGCAAAUUUUUCAGUCUUGUGCGAGAAUAUUUGUUCCUAAAAGUGCUACCCUGACACUGAUGUGCGUAGCAUGUGUACCAUGCUUGGUAAAUCUAAAAUUUUGAACUGUCGGCGUUACUGUGUCGCUUGCAUGGCAUUUGACAGCAGUGUCGGCAGAGUUUUCACUUCUGUUUAGUAGAAUGAACUGUGCAGUUUCUUGCCACAAUAAACGCACAUCGUACAUUACGUGGCAGAUUGUAUGCCAGAUGAGAUGGGAAACCUCUUAGCGAGAUAUCAAUAUAAAGAUGAAAAUGUAGGUGACGCUUCUUCUCCGGUGGCUUAUUGUGUAUUCUGCUACCACUUCUCAUACGUGUAGAAAUUUGUGGCAUUUUUUUUUGUCUGACCUUUCCUGACGCACAUGUUGUUGCCUAAUAAAUAAGGUUUUUCCCCUUUUGCAACCUUUUUUUAGGUAUUU